AUGGCGCCUUUGGUUCCGAUCGCCCAGGAAACCGUCUACCUCGUGGCGGCGCCGACAUUUCACAACCACGGCGACAGCCUUUCGAACCACGCGAACUACACGGUCCGCCAGCUUGCCUGCGAUAUUGACACCGGGGCCAUCAUGUCCCUCCUCCAGCUCGUCGCAUAUGGCUGCCUCACCCAGACGCAGGACGACGAGGAGCCGUCCUCCACACAGCACCAAGCGAGCCAGACCCUGUCUCCGGAGAUGCACCGGCCAACACAGACGUGGUUCUGGAGCGUGAUCCAAUUCGAGUUUGUCCUGCUGAUGCUCUCGUCCAAGCAGGCACCCGACGCCUUUUUGGCCAUGCUCGCGCUUUUGCGGACGUCGGCUCUGCCAGAGUCCAUUGGCCCCAUCACCAACGACCCUGCUCGCGAUGCCGGUGUUGUUGCGGCCAUUGUCAUUGACCGCAUCAGCCAUCACAUUGAGGAGCCGCCGAAAUGGGCGGCCAAUUCCAAGUAUACGGAGUGGGAUGUGCGACUGGCGGCGCUCGGCGUGCUGGACUGCUUUGCACAAAGCCCCUUUGGUCGCCUGAGCCUAGCUGCUGGCGAAUGCACUUUGCCACGUAUUGUUGGCGCCCUCGUCCCUGCAUACGGCGAGCUGCGGGACAGAGACCUGCUCGACGAGCCGCUUCACCCAUCCGAUGACCUGCUUUCUCUGUCGGAAUCGCAAAUACGUGCCUACGGCAUCGGCGGCUUUGACUUGGGACAGACGUUGGGUCUAAAGAAACACAGUACAGCCCUGGCCUCGACAAAGGUAGUUGGCAACGUUUCGAGCGAGACCCUUGGAGCUAAAAGCAUGUUGUCACGAACGCCAGAUGGCCGCGAUCUGGGCCGCAGCGUCACACCGCUGAUCCUUCUAUACGUCUCAUCGGCCGUCUAUCUGCUACACAGUAUCCUCACCGACCCGUACACUGCACACGUUGCCAACAUGCCGGCCAAGCUCGCAGACACACGCGGCGGCUUGCAAGGGUCUUACCUUCUUACCAUGGCCCGGCUGGGCUUUCGCAUCGACCCGGCGUUUUCAACGGGCCUCCACGAGGAGACCUACAAGCUCGCAAUGGAGCUCUUCAAACUGGCUGCCACGCCUCUGGAAGAGCGUGAGUAUGGGGAAUGGGCCAAGAAGAGCCAAAGUCUCAGCAGCGCUGCGGCGCGCUCACAAACGCAGCAACAGGAACACAAUGACCCGUUCUGUGACGACAUUGUCGGUGACCUGACGGUCAUCAAGAUUGAAAAGGGCGCGGUGCCUUAG